AUGGGUGCAUUCUCGACCCUUCUAUCAGGUCUCGCCCUCGCCGCCUGCGCCAGCAUGGCAUCCGCCAGAAAAUGCCAAAACAUCACCAUCCCCGUUUCUAUAUCCGCGCGCAACGGCGUUUUCAAUGUGGCGACGCCACAGAACAACAUCGACGUGACCAACUUGAUGCUCAAGAUGGCAAAGCAGGAAAGCAACUACACCGCGGAGGUGCUGACAGGCUACGCGACCGUGUCAGGCGAUUACGAGCUGGCCGCGACAUUCUGCACACCUGACAAGGGACCCGGCAAGACGCUGCAGAUCCUCACGCACGGCGUCGGCUUCGACAGAGGGUAUUGGGACAUUCCAUUCAACAACUACAACUACUCGUACGUCGAGACCGCAGUGGAUCAGUAUGGGUGCGCAACUCUGUCCUGGGACCGUCUGGGGAUUGCCAUGUCGGAGCAUGGCGAGCCGGUAGAUGAGAUCCAAUCAUUUCUUGAGAUCGCAGCCCUGAAGGCUGUGACGAGACUCGCGCGCACACAGAAACUGCCCGGUGAGGCUCAAGGUCGUCACUUCGACAAGAUCGUCCAUGUCGGUCACUCUUUUGGCUCCAUCCAGAGCUAUGCCCUGGCACGCGACGAGCCAGCACUCUCAGAUGGUUUGAUCCUCACAGGUUUCUCUGCCAACGGCACCUUCCUGCCAUUCUUCCAGCUCGGCGGCAACUUUGUCUCCGUCACCUCCGUCCCAGCUGCUGCCUCGCAGUAUGUUGCCGGAUAUCUCGCUGCGGGGAACCCGUCUGCCCUGCAGACCAACUUCUUCGCUCCUGGAGCAUUCGACCCCGCCUCGCUGGACUUCGCAUACAAGACCGGCCAGCCCGUCACAGUGGGCGAAUUGUUCACGAUCGCCGGAGCAGCUGGAGGCGUCAACAAAUUCCCCGGCCCCGUCCUCGUCAUCACCGGUGAGCGUGAUGUGCCCUUCUGCGGCGGAGACUGCCUGGCUACCGGCGGCAAUCCCUCGCUCGCUAGCAUUCCUGCUGCUGUGCAGAAUGCUUUCCCAGCCUCGCGUCGCUUUGAGACAUUUAUCGUCCCUGGCGCUGGCCACGGUCUCAACUUCGAGUACUCAAAAGAUAUCACUUACCAGCAUAUCUCGCAGUUCUUGGUCGGGAAUGGACUAGCGUAG